AUGUGCUACUUCUACAACGAAAAGAUGAUCGAAAACUUCAACAACGAACUCAACAUUUGCACUGCCGAUGAACUAUUCACCAAGAUGCACAUCGGCCUCCACCUCUGCCGCGAAAACUUUGUCAAAUCGCGGAAUUUUAACGAAAGACUCUACGACCGCACUGCUAAGGAGCUACUACAGAAAGUAAAUGUCCACACAUUCUAUCUGGAGUUCGAUACAGAGCGCGCUGGAGGAUUUGAGCCCUUGCAGUACCUCCCACAUAACAAGAAUGUCGUCCUGGGAGUUGUCAGCAGCAAGUACCCGGAGUUGGAGGACUUCGAUGCGACGUUGGCUAGGGUAUAUGAUGCUGCGGGGUAUAUCUCGAAGAGGAGUGGAAGGAGUGAGAGGGAAGCCCUAGAGCAAAUUUGUGUCAGCCCACAGUGCGGCUUUGUGAGCCAUAGUAGUGGGAAUGCUGUUGGGAUGGAUGAUAUGGUGCCAAGAUGA